AUCAUAGUCGCGCAACGUCAUACGCAUGCGACAGACCACCAGGCCAGUGGGAGGGAGUUGUUUGCUAGCCUGCUGCGAAAAUGGCACCUUCACCCACUAAACGGAAAGAACGUUCUGAUGAUAAAACGAAGGAGCGAAGCAAAGAGAAAUCUGGAGCCAAGCAUGGAGCAGAGAAAGACCGUGGCCGAGACAAGACGCGCAAACGCCGCAGUGCAUCCACCGGCAGCAGGUCUCGUUCCAGUUCCUCCUCCAGCAGUAGUUCUGGCUCCAGCUCGGGUUCCUCCAGCGGCUCUAGUUCGUCCUCUGGCUCCAGUCGCUCUGGUUCCUCUUCCCGCUCCUCUUCCUCCUCCUCAUCUUCCUCGGGGUCCCCCAGCCCCAGUCGACGCCGCCAUGACAACAGACGCAGGUCUCGCUCAAAGUCUAGAUCACAGAAAAGAGGAGAGGAGAAGGAACGGAAGAAAAGAUCUCCGAGCCCGAAGCCCACCAAGAUUCAUGUGGGAAGGCUCACUCGCAACGUCACUAAGGAUCACAUCCAGGAGAUUUUCUCCUCCUAUGGGAAGAUAAAGCUGGUGGACAUGCCUUCGGACCGCCUGCACCCCAAUCAGUCUCGCGGCUACGCCUACGUGGAGUACGAGACCCCAGAGGAGGCCCAGAAAGCCCUCAAAUACAUGGACGGAGGUCAGAUUGAUGGUCAGGAGAUCACUGCCAUAGCCAUAUUGGCCCAACGUCCACGCCCUGCUCCCCGCCGCGUCUCACCCCCACGAAGGAUGCCCCCACCCCCACCCAUGUGGCGACGCACACCCCCACGCAUGAGACGAAGGUCCCGGUCUCCUAGGCGACGCUCCCCUGUUCGAAGACGUUCCCGCUCCAGAUCUCCCGGCCGCAGGCGACAUAGGUCCCGAUCCAGCUCUAACUCCUCCCGAUAGCUGCUCCUGCAACCACCCCCACCCCCCCCCCGGCCGCAGGCGACACAGGUCCCGAUCCAGCUCUAACUCCUCCCGAUAGCUGCUCCUGCAACACCCCCACCCCCACCCCCACCCCCCCGAACACCCCCAAGGUGUCAGUUCCAGCUCCAAAAAAGUCAAAACCCUGCCUCAUUUCCAUGUGUCUGCUAGUCCACAUGUCUCUUUCCAACAGAGGUGACUUUUUUUUUUUAUUAAUUAGCUGGUCUACCUGACUUCAGUGUUUAUGAUCAGCUGAUCAGAGCCAAUCACCAAUUACUUUUGUGGCAGGGUUUUUAAAAUCUUUUUAAACCCGGAAUUGACUCUUCUCAAGGCGGGCCAUCAUGUUUUGACCGUCCGUAGACGGUUCCUCACACCUCAAUUGUUGUCUCUGUAUUUUCAGAGGCUGCAAACAUUUUUUGUUGUUUUGUUUUUGUUUGGUGUUUUUUAAUUUUUAAAUUAAAAGGUGCUUUGAAGUUGCUGUCUUAUUUCCUUUCUGACAAUAGGUGCAUAUUUGUUUAAUUAUGUUCGCUUGUCCAUAGAAAUGAUUUAGUCAAUAUGAAAAUAAUUUUGCUACACUGACUUUUGUACUUGUUUUGGCUAUUAAACUGGUGAAAUGA